UUCAAGUCUUCAACCUCCACAUAUCUCUAACUCUCUCUCCUCUCUCUAAAAUGGCAAAUUUGACGAUGACGACUCCGCCGCCGCUAUCCUCGAUUUGCUCCUCCACUACCACUACUUCAUCAACCCCCAAAACUCAGAUCUCUCAUCUGUCACCACCAAUCACCAUUCAAACAAAACCCCAAUCCUCCGCAAGAAGAGAAAUCCUCAGAGGACUCGCUCUGUUAACCCUAACAUCCACCACCCUAUGUCGUCGGCCAUUGCCAUCCGAAGCUAGAGAGAUCGAUGUAGGAUCAUUCCUCCCGCCGGCACCUUCCGACCCAUCAUUCGUUUUCUUCAAAGCCUCUCCCAAGGACACUCCCGCCCUUCGAGCAGGAAACGUAGAGCCCUACCAGUUCAUACUUCCUCCUACAUGGAAACAAACACGUAUAGCCAAUAUCCUCUCAGGGAAUUACUGCCAACCCAAGUGUGCUGAGCCAUGGGUCGAGGUUAAGUUUGAAGAUGAAAAGCAGGGGAAACUCCAAGUUGUCGCUUCUCCCCUUAUACGCUUAACAAACAAACCAGGUGCUACAAUUGAAGACAUUGGAACCCCAGAAAAGGUUAUUGCUUCUCUUGGUCCUUUUGUCACAGGAAAUUCAUUUGACCCUGAUGAACUUCUUGACUCUUCCGUCGAAAAGAUUGGAGAUCAAACGUAUUACAAAUAUACCCUGGAGACUCCAUAUGCUCUGACUGGCUCCCAUAAUCUGGCUAAAGCAACUGCCAAGGGUAACACUGUCAUUCUGUUUGUGGUCAGUGCAAACGAUAAGCAGUGGACGCCGGCCAACCAGAAAACACUCAGAACCGUGCUCGAUUCUUUCCUAGUCUAGGGUCGGUCAAGGUGUAAUAUUGAUCAUCCAUCCAAAUACCAACUUAACUAAUAUAUAUAUAUAAUGAGGAUUUUAUUUUUCUAUUCACAAAUAAGCAAAGAUAACAAGAAAGCAAGUUUGCAUUAUUAUUA